AUGAAGCAAAUUGCAGCCACUUCUUCCAACCAUGCAGAGAUUUUAGCUAUCCACGAAGCUAGUCGUGAAUGUGUAUGGUUAAGGUCCGUAAUUCAACAUAUACGAGAAGAUUGUAGCAUAUCUAUAGGGAAAGAAGCUCCAACAGUUAUGUAUGAGGAUAAUGCAGCAUGCAUCGCACAGCUCAAGGAAGGAUACAUCAACGGUGAUACAACAAAGCACAUUUUACCAAAAUUCUUCUUCACCCAUGAACUACAGAAAAUUGGUGAUGUACAGGUUCUACAGAUUCGUUUAAGUGAAAAUUUGGCAGACAUAUUUACCAAGGCACUUCGAACUGCUACUUUCAAGAAAUUAGUUUACCAUAUUGGAUUGCGUCGUCUCAAAGAUCUCAAGUUAUGUAAUCAUGAGGGGGAGUAG